GUUUGUUUUUUUGGGACAGCGUUGGAAUGAGUCAGCCCCAACAAUCCCCGGUGCAGCCACCACAAACACUGCUCGCGACGCCCGACAAGACGCCGUCAACGCUGGUCGAGGUAGUCGCUCCAGUGACCACCGAUCAGACCAUCAUUGGAAUAGAUGCCGGACCCGUCGUGAACGAUGAGGCUGGAGACAAGACGCCCACCAACGCCACACCAAAUACUCCUCCGCCUCAGCCGACUGUGACCCCUGCCCAAGUCGCGCCGAAUUCGUCGGCAGAUAUCGAUAUGGCUCUGGCCGAAGAGGUGGAUCAGACACCCGAGAUCCCAGCUGGAGAAACCGAAGACGACGGUGGAGACCAUGAGGAAGAAGAAAAUGAUGAAGGAGAGAUUGAUGUCGAGGGCGAGGACGGGGAGGAUGGAGAAGACUCCGAAGAGGAAGAGGACGAAGAAGAGGAAGAUGAGGAGAGUGAUGGGGACGAGAGUGAGGAUCUGGAAGAGUCUCCGGAAAUUAUCGCCAUAGAUGGUCCCAACGGACCACCCCGUCCAUUAUCACUCCCCCCCGCUAUCAAAGCCGAACCUCAAUCCCCCGGCGCCCAGCCUACUUCCGAAGCGCCCCUUACGACAACCACCACCACCCCCGCCGACACCGACGCCCCCAUUGCCACUGCUGUAGAAGGCGAAGCCAACGUACUCGUACCCAAAAAGAAGAAACGCGCCCGCCUACGCACGCCGGAUGAUGAUGAUGAUUUCGCCCCGCCCCCGCCUCCUAUGAAGACCAUCCGCCUGGAGAGGACUAUGCUUCCCCCCGGGGAGACGCUCGAAUGGAAUAUCCUCGAUGAAGCGCGGGAGAAGGGGCUCUGUAUCGCCUGGGGCGUGGGGGUGUUGGAAGACCUACCGGCGGGGGUCAAGAUUCCUGCGGUGGAGGUGACGGGGGAUGUAUCGCUAGGAGUUGGGAUGGAUGUGGAUGGACAGGGAGAGGGGGUGACGGCGCCUGGGGCGAUCUUUGGUGGGGGGGAGGAUGAUCCUGAGGAGAUUGCGCGUAGGCUGGAAGAAAAGUAUGGCGAGAAGAAGAAGACCAAGAAGAAGAAGAGACCAACAGACUAUGACCUCGAAGACCCCUUCAUCGACGAUGCCGACAUUCUCAUCGACGCCCCCACCCACUACCAGCGGCCCAAAAAAGAAGGCUUCUUCGUCCAUGCCGGCCAACUCGAGCUCAUGGAAGAAUCCCCGGGGAAGAAGCGCCAGGCUAAUGGGAAGCCCAAGUCAGCGCAGAACAAGUCUACACAGGCGAAAGCAAAGACUACACCCGGGCUUGGGGGUGGGUCGGAAGCGAGGCCGUCGUUGUCGAGCGCGCUGGUUGCGCAGAGGAAAGAGUCGCAAAGUGGUCAAUUAGAGUCGACGCCUGUUGUCAGAGCGGAGGAUCAACCGCCUGUUGAUCGUAUCAUGUUCAAGAAUGCCUCUCGCGAAGAUCAAUAUCUCCCGCCAUAUACGUCUCUCCCCGAGCCAGUUGCUCAAGUCUUGAUGGCGCUCCGCCUCAAAUCCCUCCAACACGACUGGGAUCACACCAAUCGUGGCAAAUUCCCAGACCACCUGAAGCCUGAGCUGCAAAAGGCGUGCCAGAUCGCGUACCAGAAUGACGUUUUCACCGGGAUCAGCACGUCAAACAAUCCUGCUAGAAGAGGCGACCAGAGCUUCGUUAUAAGUUUGACCAGUGUUUUCCCUUACAACCUCUUCACUCUGACAAAACUAUCAGUCAAAUUGGCUUAUCACGACUACCUCCAAUGGAUGCAAGACUGCGAAGACGAAGGGCUCCGGCAGUUUAGGAGUAUCGUGGAUAAAGAUUCGAAUGAGUGGAUCGAAAAGUAUGAGGCGAGCAGGGCGGAAUGGGAGCAGGAGGUGGCGGGGUGGGAUGCGAAGCAUCAGCAUGCGACGCAGGCUAGGGAAGGGAGCGCACUUUCACCGCCCCCUCCCUCAUCACCCCAAGAAUCCCCCGCCCUGCCAUCGACCGCAACCCCUACAAACGCCCCUUCUUCGUCCGUUGAGAACAAGGAGAAACCCGACGUGCGCCCGGCUGAGCCUACGAAGCGUUUCUUGUGGACGGGGGAGAUGAGGGAGGUUUAUUGGCAGUUGCUUGAGAAUGUGAUGGAUAUGGCUGAUAUAGUCAAGAUUGGAGCGGAUUGGAAUAUCGCCAACCACAAGCAAGGCAAGGAAUGGUCAGAGCAGUCGAUCAGGUUGAGGUUGUAUAAGAGGGUUGUAGAUUGUUUCCCGGAAGGGUACAGUAACAAUAAUGUCGUUUCGAGAGAAAUGACAAAGAUCAAGAAGAGGAAGGAGGAAGCUGCAAAGAGUAAGGAGGCUGUCAAAGAUGAGACGAAGGAUGGCGCUGGAGGCUCUGGCGAAGCGGCGGCGUGACAGUGUUCAUCAUAGCCAAUGGAUACAUGUACCUUCUAGUCUAAUGAUCUUCAAUCUCGACGUCAUGCAUGAUGUCACAAAGGUUUAC